AUGGCCAAGGAAGAGUUUGCGUCUGGCGGCGAACACACCAUCCCCGAGUCGCUAGUUUCGCCACCGAAUCCACCAUCUCCAGCGAGCAAAGCGGGAAUGAAUCCCCUCCUGCUGAAGCCCGAAUGCAAAACAGCUCUCUCGGACUUUAUUCGCAUAUUCUCCUUUUCGACAUGGCUCGACAGGGUACUUGUCAGCGCAGCUGUUGCGACCUCUAUAGGCGCUGGCAUUACUAUGCCCCUCAUGAACAUGAUUUUUGGCAGAAUGGUGGGAUCCUUCACGGGAUACUACGGUGCCGAUGCUUCAACAACAUAUGAGCUCUUCAAAAACGCCAUAAGUAGCUGCGCUUGGAGCUUGACCUUGGUCACGAGCAGUGGUCUUGUGUUGAUCAUAGUGGUCUAUGCUGCAACUACCCCUUUUCUCGUCAAGCACAUGAAUGGCGUACAAUAUGCUGAUCUCCAGGCAUCUAUAGUUGCAAACGAGGUAUUCAGCUCCAUGAGGAUGAUUGCAGCCUGUGGUGCACAGGAGAAGAUGGCUAAAAGGUAUGUCAAAUGGGUGGACGAUUCUCGUCAUCGGGGGUUGAAAAUGUCUCCCAUCAUCGCGCUGCAGCAAGCGCCAGUACAGUUUUCGAUAUACGCGACUUUCGCCCUUUCAUUCUGGUACUCGAUUAGAGUGUACUACGAGCUUCGCUUCAACAGCGCAGAGACCUUGGUUGUGUGCGUAACUAUGAUGCUCCCCGCCAUGUUCACUGCCAAAUACCGGACAAAGUGGCUGAUUGGUCUGGCAUCAAGUGUCCUGAUGUCUAUCGUGCUCAUGACCACCUCUGUAAGUGGAAUUACCUCGCCCUUAUCCGCAGCUAUUCGGGCAGCUGGCGCGGCCACUGUUUUCUAUACUAUCAUAGACGCAAUAAGACCCGACAAAACAGGUCUUAAGGAUCCAGACGUUUCUGCAUCCCAGGAUAUUGUACUUCAAGACGUGAACUUCGCAUAUCCCACCAGACCCGACCUGGUGAUCCUGAAUAACCUCAGUAUCCGCUUCCCUAUGGGGAAAACAACCGCAGUUGUUGGACCUUCCGGAUCUGGCAAAACCACAAUUGUUGGGCUUCUGAUGCGAUGGUAUGAAAUCGAGUCUCUCGAGAGCAAUGAUAUGAGUUUGUUAUGGCGUAACGGCCUUGUCGAAGUCGGGGGUCGGCCCCUGAGAGAGAUCGAUCUCAAGUGGUGGCGGACUCAAAUCGGCCUCGUGCAGCAGGAACCGUUUCUGUUCAACUGUAGCAUUUAUCAAAAUGUUGAGUUUGGUCUGGUAGGCACUGAAUGGGAAAAUGCCAAUCUGGCGACCAAGGAAGAGCUUGUAAAACAGGCUUGCAGGGAGGCCUUUGUCGACGAGUUCAUCAACCGGUUACCAGAGGGUUACUCAACCAUUGUCGGCGAUGCAGGCAUCAAACUGAGUGGCGGCCAACGUCAACGAAUAGCAAUCGCUCGAAGCAUUGUAAAGCGCCCGAAAAUUCUCAUUCUGGACGAGGCGACUUCUUCUAUUGACGUUCGCGGGGAACAGGUGGUACAGGCAGCCUUGGAAAAGGUGUCGAAGGAUCGCACAACUAUAAUGAUUGCACACCGGCUCGGAACCGUUAAGAAGGCUGACAACAUCAUAGUUCUGCAGAAAGGUCAGGCUGUUCAGCAAGGCACGCACUCGGACCUCUUAGCCGAGGAGGGAGGAGCAUAUUGGGCACUUGCUACCUCACAGAAGCUUGUGGUAGAUUCAACCGACCCCAAUGAGCUACCGAGCGGCCUUGGUGGUAAGGUGGAGGAUACGGAAGUUAACACACCAACAGUCAAUUCAGGGAGUCCGGUAAUAACAACAGACGCCAGUGUUGAUGAGGAGCUAAUUACGACAAGCCGCCUGAGAAAAUACAUGCUCCUCAUCUGCGAGCAGAAAGAGCACUGGAAAUGGUAUGCUGUCGUGGUUGGGGGUGCAAUCGGCGGCGGAGCAAGUCAGCCGAUUUCUGCCUACCUCUUUGCAACAGAGCUCACACUGUUCCAAUCCUGGGGUCCAUGGCUCCCAAGCCUUUCCAGCUUCUGGAGUCUGAUGUUUGUCAUGCUGGCUAUCUUAGUUGCGAUAUCUUACUUUGUAUUAGGAUGGUCGUCUUCGACAAUUGCGUUUCACAUCACACACCGAUAUCGUUGCGAGUACUUCGACAACAUCAUAUCCCAGUCUAUUGGCUUCUUCGACACCGGCGACCACUCGGUUGGUACACUUACAGCUCGUCUGGCGACUGAUCCCAGCCAACUUCAAGAAAUACUGGGCAUCAAUAUGGCUUUCGUGCUCAUUUCCAUUCUCAACGUCGCUGGCUGCUUGAUUAUAUCCUUCUACUAUGGAUGGAAACUGACCAUCGUCACGCUAUGCUCCUCGAUGCCACUCAUCGUGGCAGCUUCUUUUCUUCGCAUUCGACACGAAGCGCGAUUUGAGAAAAUGAACAAUGAGGUUUUUGCAGAGAGUGCCAAGUUUGCAACUGAGUCCAUCACUGCCUUCAGAACAGUUUCGGCUCUGACUCUAGAAGAUACCAUCAUAGAGCGAUAUGAAACACUCCUCCGAGAACAUGUCCAGCAUUCAUUUGGAAAGUCUAGUUGGUUUACCUUGGUAUUUGCCGUGGCCGACAGCAUCGCGCUUUUGUGCACGGCUUUUGUUCUCUGGUAUGGUGGAUCUCUGAUGCUCAAGGGCGAAUACUGGCCAUUUCAGUACAUGAUCGUUUACAUUGCUGUCCUUCAGGGUGGAUUGGGUGCAGGUCAAUGGCUGAGCUAUGGACCUAAUAUUGCAAAAGCGAAUGUUGCGGUAGAUAGGAUUCUCGAGAUGAGGGCCAAGGGCCAGGAAAACACAACGCGCACUCCACUUGACCGAGGUAGCGUGGGUGACAAAGACAGCGGUGUUAGAGUUGAGUUCCGCGAUGUACGGUUCAGGUAUCCAACCCGGAAUGUACCGGUGCUUAAUGGGCUUGACAUAACGGUUGAGAAAAACAUGUUUGCUGCUAUAGUCGGGCCUUCGGGUUGCGGGAAAACAACAGUGGUUUCACUUCUUGAAAGGUUUUAUGCCGUAAAUUCAGGCCAGAUCCUGUACAACGGGACCGACAUCUCGACCGUGUCCCUCGAAGACUAUCGCAGGGAUAUGUCUCUUGUCGCGCAAGAACCGAAUCUUUUCGAUGGGACAAUUAAAGAGAACAUACUACUGGGAGUAAACCCUGAUAGUACCACAGAGGAGCAGAUUCAACAGGCUUGUCGUGACGCCGAGAUCCACGAGUUUAUCAUGUCUCUCCCAGACGGAUACAAUACCGAGAUCGGAUCCAGGGGAGUGACACUGUCUGGGGGGCAGAAACAACGCGUUGCAAUUACAAGGGCCUUGAUACGGAAUCCUCGCUUGCUACUCUUGGACGAAGCCACAUCCAAUCUGGACGGCGAUACAGAAAGGGCAGUACAGGCCGUCUUGGAAAGGACCAGGAAGAACAGAACAAUGAUCAUGGUAGCUCACCGUCUUGCUACUAUCCAGAACGCUGAUAUCAUUUUUGUUCUUGGAGAUGGCCGCGUGUUGGAGAAAGGAAACCAUGCGGCACUGUUGAGGAUGCGGGGAAUCUAUUACCAGAUGUGUCAAGCUCAAGCGCUGGAUAGGUAG